UAUAAUGCAUUAAUAAAAGACAGUAAAAAUGUAAAUGUUAAUAAUCUGGUGCUGACGCUACGAGUCGGGUUCAUUACCGGAAACGGCACUAUUUCCGGGUCCAGACGCGCCAAAAGAAAACAGUUGCGUGUUCCUGCAACAUGUUCUCUGAGAGAAGAGUGGACACUUGACAUAAACACAACGGUUUUUCCAUGUUGAAGGAUGAGAGGAGGACCAAGUUCAAGCAUCCUUGAGCAAAUCACUAAACCUCCAACAACUCGAAGAAGAUGAGUAAGUGGGGAGAGCGACUGAAAAAGGUUGAGCAGCUCGCUCAGUCCUUCCAGCUGAAUCCUCUGGCCGAACAAUACAAACCUCGGCUGUGGCCAUGCCAGCCUUCCUCCAUCUGGAAGCUCUUCCCUCGUCAAAGUAUGGCUAUCAGCUUCGCUCAGAGCUGCAAAGAGACUGUACAUGUUUUUGCACUUGAAAAGGAAAAGACAUCCCUGGGUCAAAGGAUCUUCCUGGUGACCAGCUACAGUGAGCUGUGGCAUUACUACAGGACCUACCCACAGUCCUUGAUGCACUGCUAUGAGGUGAUACCAGAGGGCGCUGUUUGCAAACUUUACUUUGACUUGGAGUUUCACAAGCCUUCAAACCAAGGGACUGAUGGUAUAUCCAUGAUGUCUUCACUAAUCCAGUAUGUUUGCGACAAGUUAAUGGAAGUUUAUGGGAUUGAAUGCUCUGCAAAAAAUAUCCUCAAUCUCGACUCCAGCACAGAUGAUAAAUUCAGUCGACAUCUCAUCUUUAAUCUGCAAAAUGCAGUUUUCAAAGACAACCUGCACAUGGGCAGGUUUAUCCAUUCAAUUCUUCAAUCGGUCCUGAACACACCCAAAAGCAGCCUGAGCGUUGGGAUAAAUUCAGAGGAGAAAAACAGUGACACAGGAACACCUGCUGUGUCUGAAGGGACGGCAGCGGCAGCAGGUGAGACGUCUGGGAGUCCAGAGGCCAAGCGGCGCAAGCAGGAAGAGAAAGACCUCAGCUUCCUCCAGGUGAAAAACAAAGAUGGCCAACCAUGUCUCUUUGUCGAUCUUGGUGUUUAUACCAAGAACAGAAAUUUCCGUCUCUACAAGUCAUCAAAAGUGGGAAAGAACGCUGCGUUCACGGUGGCAGACGACAACAAGUUCAUUCAAAGACCUGCGAAGGGAAUUUCUGCGGAGGAAAGCGUGUUCUUGGCCUCUUUAGUCUGUAAUAUAAGCUUCACAGGGCAAAGAAUUCUGACGUCGGACAAAUCUGAAACAAAGAAAUCCAAAACCUCGGGGGCUGACUGUCAGCAGGAAUCACCCACAGAUCCAGGCUCACUCUCUGGUUACCUGUCAUCCCCUUAUCCAGAAGUGGACAGCUUUGUAUUAACUGUGGUUAAAAAGGACGGCGUACAUGGAAGCAUCUGACGGUGGAACUACUUUGCUGCUGAACAGCUCGUUGUCUAUGACAUCGCAAAAUACCGCUGGUGUGCAAACGUGGAAAGGUUUCAUAAAAGCAACAACAUCAUGAUUGUUGUGGACCUCAAAGACGAAGCGUGGUACCAGAAGUGUCACGAUACCGAGUGCAGGAACUUCAGGUCCUCAAGCUACCCACUGCCACAGGAGAUCUGCGUCAGCUACAUCAUGACUCUGGACGAGGAAGACCAGGCCUACUUAAUGGACGAUGCUGGCAACAUUGAACCCAGCCAGGCCUCGAACCGGGCCCCACAGAGGACAGCGUGUCCAGAGCAGGAACCUGCAGACGGCUGGGGGGACGGAAAGGAUGACCAGGACUAUUUGGAGAGCCUGGACGACUUUGAACAAAAAAGCGUGGAUAUCUCUGAUCAGCUUCUGCUCAAAUGUAUGGCAGAUUUUGACUCCGAAUAGAGGGUUUGGCUGCUGCCCCUCAGUUGCACAGCAUGCAACAAUCUGAUGCCACAUGUACUCAAAAUUAAAGAUCAAUGGGGCCCUUCAACAUGUAUAUACUUACAGGAAGCCAUUUCCCAAUGUCUCCUGUGUGCAGCCAUCCGUCGUCGUCGAUGGUCUCUGCAGUUCUCUCGGGAUCUUUCAGGUAUCCCUGGAAAACAUUUGGUCCUUUGACACAGAUCUGGAGGGAGAGAGGAUAAAAUGAAUGGAAAUCAUUUUUUUCGGAUAUUUUUGAAGUAAGCACACAUGCAGAUUAUAUCAGCUGUUUAUCAACGCUAGGAGCAAUGACGGUUGGUCUGUUAACUGCACCAUUUUAGUACAGACUGCAAUAUCUCAGAAAAUAUUAGAGGGGAUUUUCCUGAAAUUUCCAAACAGACAUUUAUGAUGCCUAGAGAAUAAAUCUGACAUUGGUUAUCCUUCACCACCAGCAGGGCAAACAUUCAGCUAAACCUGUGAAAUGAUUCAGUAUCUACUUGAUGGAUUUCCAUAGAAUGUAUUCCCUUUAUUUCCCUCAGGAUACAUUGCUAUCAUUUAAGGGAUCCCCUUUUAAUGUGGCGCCACCCUCGGUUUAAAGUGUUAUAAUUGUCUGACACUUGAGUUGUGCAGCCAUUGGUAUUUUGCAGGUCUACUUUGUGUUUAAUGCUUAUUGAAAAACACAUGAACAUUGUAAACAUUAUAUUUUUUGGACAGUAGCAUGUUAGCAUUGUCAUAAUGAACAUGUUGACAAAUGUACUUAUUCAUGUGUUACUUGCCUUAAUGUUCUGCUGCAAAGAAAAGUGUUUUAAUAUCCAAACUACACUUUUAUUAAUGAUUUAAUUUACAGUUUUUCCAAUUUGUUUUGAUUAAUUCUGCCUGAUAUGCAGCUUGUAGAGUGAGCUUCGCUACCAUGUUCACUAUAGUGAAAGUAUACUUACCAUCACAAAUGCAAUAUUUCUUUUUGUAUAUUCUUUUAAGAGUGAUUGGUAUGGCAGUGAGGCUUCAUGUGAACUCACUUGUUUUGGUAAUAAUAAUAAUAAUUAUACAUUGCACUACGCAUUCAUUAUUUCUACCCAAUACUGUUGUUAAUUACAAAGCCAAUAAAUAUUGUUUUCCUCCACUGA